UGAUUUGCUCAAGCAAGCAGCAAUGUAGAAGCAAGCAAUGUAGAAGCUAGAAAAUCUUUGCAACUUUUCUACAACUCCGAAGGUUUUGACAGUCGGGAUUAGAUAACUGGAUGGUUUCUUAUCGGAAGUUCUCUUCUUCGUUGGAUGCACGCCAAGUGUUCGGCGAAAUGACGAAGAGAAGCUUAUAUCAGUGGAAUACUCUUCUUAAGAGCUUAUCCAGAGAUAAACGAUGGGAACAAGUCCUGUGUCACUUUACUCAAAUGUUUCGCGAUGGUGAAAAGCCUGAUAACUUCACGCUUCCAGUUGCUCUCAAGGCCUGCGUGGAGCUGCGGAAAGUUAAGUAUGGGGAAAUCAUUCAUGGGCUCGUCAACAAGUAUGCUACGAUUGGGUCCGACCUUUAUGUUGGAUCUUCUAUUAUAGAUAUGUAUGCGAAAUGUGGGAGAAUGCCUGAAGCUUUGAGGGUCUUCGAUGAGCUGGAUAAGCCUGACAUAGUGACAUGGUCUUCUAUGGUUUCUGGGUUUGAGAAAAAUGGGUUUCCCUUUGAGGCUGUGGAGUUUUUCAGGAGAAUGGCGAUGGCCUUGGAUGUUUUUCCUGAUCGGGUAACUUUAAUCACUCUAGUUUCUGCAUCUACAAAACUGUCUAAUUCAAGGCUUGGUAGUUGCGUACAUGGUCUUGUGAUGCGGAGAGGGUUUGAAAAGGAUUUGUCUUUACUAAAUUCACUAUUGAAUUGUUAUGCCAAGUCGAGAGCUUUCAAAGAUGCGGUUACUUUGUUCAAUAUGAUGGCAGAGAAAGAUGUUAUAUCUUGGAGCACAGUGAUUGCUUGCUACGUUCAAAAUGGAGCUGCUACUGAAGCAUUGCGUGUCUUCCAUGAAAUGGUGGAUAAUGGAACAGAACCUAAUGUAGCUACUAUGCUCAGUGUGUUCCAAGCUUGUGCAGCUGCUCAUGAUUUAGAUCAAGGUAGGAAAAGUCAUGAACUAGCCAUUAGGAAAGGUGUAGAAACAGAUGUCAAAGUCUCCACUGCUCUAGUUGAUAUGUAUAUGAAGUGUUUCUCCCCCGAAGAAGGUUAUGCUGUUUUCUCUAGGAUUCCUAAGAAAGAUGUGGUCUCUUGGGUUGCUUUGAUAAGCGGCUUUACAUUGAAUGGAAUGGCUCACAGAUCAGUUGAGGGGUUUGCCAUGAUGCUGCGUGAAAAUAAUACGAGGCCUGAUGCUAUUCUUAUGGUGAAGAUUCUCGGAUCAUGUUCGGAGUUAGGCUUUCUCGAACAAGCUGAAUGCUUUCAUAGUUAUGUGAUCAAAUUUGGAUUUGACAGUAACCCAUUCAUCGGAGCUUCUCUUGUGGAGCUUUAUUCAAGAUGCGGGAGUCUAGGCAAUGCUUCCAAGGUAUUCAAUGAGAUUAAUUUAAAGGACACUGUAGUUUGGACCUCUUUGAUCACUGGUUAUGGAAUCCAUGGCAAGGGAACUGAAGCGCUAGAGACAUUUAAUCACAUGGUCAAGAGCUCAAAAGUUGAGCCUAAUGAAGUGACAUUUCUCUCAGUCUUAUCUGCCUGUAGCCACUCAGGUUUGCUUCAUGAGGGAUUGAGAAUAUUUGAGUUGAUGGUCAGGGACUAUAGACUUGCUCCCAGCUUAGAACAUUAUGCUGUAUUGGUUGAUCUUCUUGGUCGUGUAGGAGAAUUAGAUACUGCCAUUGAAAUCACAAAGGGGAUGCCUUUUUCACCAACACCUCAAAUCUUGGGUACUCUUUUAAGCGCGUGUAGGAUUCAUCAGAAUGGUGAGAUGGCUGAAGCUGUUGCAAAGACGCUUUUUGAAAUGGAAUCAAAUCAUGCUGGUUAUUACAUGUUAAUGUCGAACAUGUAUGGGGCUAAGGGAGAAUGGGAUUAUGUGGAAAAAUUGAGAAUUUCGGUCAAGGACAGAGGAAUCAAAAAAGGAUUGGCAGAGAGUUUGAUUGACAUUAAGAGAAAGGUCCAUAGAUUUGUGGCUGAUGAUAAUAUGCAUCCCAAGAAAGAGCUGGUUUAUAGAUUGCUAAAGGAGCUGGAUUUGCAUAUGAAAGAAGACUUGGAAGAUUCUGCGUAUAUCGAAUUUGAGGGAGACAGCUUGUGAUUUAGUGUAUGCAGAAGCUUAAGGCUAAUAAUUCUCUGUCAAAUUCUUAAGCUUGUGAAUGUGGAGAUUUUAAGCCCAAGACAGAUCUCAUUCUGGGGAACAAUGCAUGAUCUGGAACUCAAUCACAGGCUAUGUAGUUAAAGUUUGGGAAAACCAGUUCUUGAUCAGUCUCACUUUAGGUUUUUGAUUUGAAGCCAUAAGAAGAGGAAUCCCUUUAACAAAAGCAAUAGGCCAAGUAAUAUAUUUCCUUAUUGCUCCAUUGAAAGUGUAGAUUCAGAAGAGUUGUUGAAGCAAAAGUAGACGUUGCCCCAUAGGAGAGUCGGGCAACUCAAGAGUAAGAUUAUUCAUCCCUGCUUAAUUACAAGGGUAAAACAGAGUUUUCAUGUAUCACGAGACUCCACCUGACACUAAGUCACUAAAAGUAAUGUUUGUAGUCUUUAUCCAUCUCAGACAGCCUCUGCAUUGGUAUCAUCGGAUUCGCACUCUCCUCUCUUUAAAGGUUAAAAUAGAAGAUAAAACAAA